CUCGUGUUUUCCAGGUGGAAUUUUCAAAGUCCUCACGGUGUGCCGUGUUGGUGCGAGCCACGCCUCCCACGGGACGGCCAGAGGCCUGCGAAACUCCUGCGAGCCCUCGGCUGGAGCGUUCGGCGUCUGGGCGCGGGCCUCGCAGCGUCCUGAUUCAAGGGGGCCCCGGCGCUGGGCCCGCCAGCCGCGCCCGCCCCCUGGCGCAGGAGGAGCCCAAGGUGCCGCCACAGAUAACGCCCGCCCACACGCCCGCGUCGAAGGCGAGCUCCGUGAUGAUGCUCAAGACGGUGAGCAGAUUGUCCAGGAUCGUGCACAAGGUCACGGGCGAGACCGUCGAGGAACGGCGGCUGGACAAAACCGACAGGAGCAGCACCACCACCCAGGAGAAGCUCCUGAUACAAGACCACCUCAAGAAGAGCCUGGCGAAGACGGAGUACGACGUCUCGAUGUUCUACUGGCCUGCGGCCAGGCCAGGGUGGAGAGGCCGCGCUUCCACCUUGGCGCAAAACGGCAUCUUCGAGAGGACCACUCUGGCGGUUAUUGUUGCCAACGCCAUCUUGAGGGCGUACGACGUGGACCACAACAACGAGG